AUGGAAGAUUCACAACUCUCUCGGUCUGGCUCACUUAACGACCCUUCCUCUCAUGCCGGGAUCUACAUAACAACCUUUCCUCUCAAACUCAUCAUCGAGAUACUCUCGAGACUUCCGGCGAAAUCUCUCAUCCGAUUCAAAUCAGUGUCGAAGCUGUGGAAUAGUAUCAUCCGUAGUAAAGAUUUGACAGACGCGUUUCUGACUCGGUCAAGGGCUCGGCCUCGUCUCCUCUUCACUUUUCAACACUUGGAAACAGGGCAGAGUUUCAUCUUCUCAGCCCCUGAACACGAGAAAGAGAAGGACAAGACGGUUGUCGCGAGACACGAGAUGACGAUCACGGAUUUCGGCUUCUGCACCAUCACAUCUUCCCCCUACUACAUCACAUCUUCCCCUGUGAAUGGCCUGGUAUGUUGCACAAGUGGCUCAAGGAUCGCUGUUUGUAAUCCCACCACGAGACAGUGGUGUAUACUGCCCCACGUCAAACCCGAAGGAAGAGUCAUGCACGCACGUCUAGGGUACGAUCCGGUGGGAGAUGAAUACAAAGUGUUGUGUGUGAUGAUGAUGUGCAAACGCGGAAGAAGAGAUAUAAAACAGGAGCAUCUCGUUUUCACACUGAGAUCUGAGCAACAAUUGACCUGGAGAUAUAUCGACAUCACGGGAGAGCCUUACACGGAUGUACAAGGCGGAAUCUGCAUCAAUGGCGCUAUAUACUACAAAGUUGGACACACAAAGAUAGCUAGAUUCGAUAUUAGACGGGAGAGGAUUAUGUUUAUUGAAGUACCCAAAGACGAUAUCACAAGUUGGGUUUCUACAAAUCACCAAGGAAAGUUUGGAGGAAUAGAGUAUGAUGAUAACUUGUACGAGAUGAUGCGAGUUUGGAUUCAAGAGAAAGAAAGAUUUGUGGAAUAAGAGGACGACUUGCGUUGUGCCUUGUGAGUGGGGAGACUUGUUUAGAGAGAAGAGACUAUCUUCUCCGGGAGAGAUUCAUACCGGAGAAAUUAUGUUGGUCUCUCACCGGUUAGAAUCAUCUAAGCCUAUCUCUGUUUUCUAUUGCGAUGUGAUCCAAGAGAGUUUCAGGCGUGCGCAUGUCAAAGGAAUCGCCGAUUAUGAGUUUAGACGUACCCAUGGAAUUGGUAUGCUUGAUCAUGAUAUCUUGUG